AUGGCCGAGACAGGAAAGUCCUUGAGAAACGCUUCUGAGGAAGGAUCCUCUUCCUUCUUCCAUACACCUUUGUGCCUACAGCAAGAAACCACCACGUGCCAUUCCAAUGCGCAGCACCACGAUCAAAUUACGCCCAACCAUCUGGACCGGGCGCUGCUGCGGCUAGUCCCCGACCACCCCGUAGCCAAAGCAGCCUUGGACAUUGCUCUUCGAACCCUGUCGCCCGCCAUUCUCAAUCACAGCCUCCCCACGUACAUCUACGCCAAGUCUUAUUCCUCUCUCCUCCAACGGGAGCCAGCUCCCACGGGCGUGUCCAUUGAGCCCGUCUUCCUCGAGCCGCACACGCUGUUUGUGGCCUGCCUGUUCCACGACCUUGCCACGGGGCCCGAGUACGACGCCGACGCCACCCGCUUCGAGGUCGUCGGUGCCCAGGAAGCCGCCAAGCUGCUCAGGAAGUUUGGCGUGGGCGAGGCGUCCAUCCGCGAGGCCUGGCUGGCCAUGUCGCUCCAUUCCACGCCCGGCGUGGCCGAGCACCUCAGCGGCACCACGGGAGCUUUCCGUAGAGCCAUUAGGGCCGAGUUUGGGGGUUUUUGUGGUCCGGAAUUAAAGGAAGCCAAUCCGGAGUUGCAGGAAUCAGACCUCGAGAUAAUCCAGGAGCGGCUCCCGCGUCUCGACAUUGAAAAGGUCCUUGGUGAUGCGGUUGUUCGCCAAGCACUGCAAAAUAGGGCCAAGGCACCGGUGGCAUCUUGGCCAGGUCAGUUGUUGGUUUCGCAUGAUGCAAACCCGGGCUGGGAGGGAGUAAACCGAGCAUUCUAG